CAGCGCAGCGCAGCCCACCCACACUCAACUUUGUCCAGCCUUCAUACAUUGAGCAGAUGGCGAGCCAAGCGCCGCGGCGGAUGCUCAACAUGGUGAGCAGCUACCUGGCCAGCCCGCUCGAGGCCGUCGAGGCUGUCGAGGUGGUCAUCGAGACGCUCACCACGUGGGAGCUGCUCAACCCGGGAAGCGAGGAGCUGACAAGCGGACAUGAGAAGGUGCUCAAGGCGACGACGGCUAUGGUGACGUCGACUCUGCCCAAGGUCUUUGCGGCAGGCAUCGAUGUGCUCAACACCAUCCUGGCCGAGAUUGUGGCCCUCACGCCGGCCCGGGCCCUGUAUUGGCGGCCUCUGCUCGCGCCGCGGUAUCCGGCCUGGCUGCAGGCGCUGGCGGCGGUGGCGCAGCGGGUGGUGGCCAAGCCGAACGUCCGCGCUGCUGCGCUCGGCGCCAUCGGCCUCAUGCUGCGCGUCCUGGCCACCAUUCCCGAGCUCAAGAAGGACGUGCUGUCGGGCCACGCGGCCAAGAAGGCUAAGCUCGGCGAUCUGGACGCGCGGUCUUCGUCGUCGUUCCAUCUCUCGGGCCUCAUGACUGCCCUUCUCUCGCCCAAGAUGCAGGAGGCGAGCCUGAUGAGCGCAGUGGCGCACGCGGUGGCGGCGGCGGUAGACGUGCUCGGCGUCUCGCUCCGCCCGUUUGUGGCCGGCCUCGAGACGCUGGCCCUCCCCCUCCUCGAUGCACCCGACGCUCAGCUGGCAGAAACUGGCGUCCACAUUCUCGCCGCUCUUCCUCGCAUCGUCAAGUCGGACGCCGCGUGGUCCGGCUCGUACUGCCGGGUCCUUGCCUGGGCGCACGCCGUUCUCGACAUUGUGGUCGGCAAGCCGCGCGGGGCCGGGCCGAGCGGCCCGCCGAGCUACCACGUGCCCGGCGGAGGGAGCGAGGAGACGCCGGCGCCGCGGGUGCCCGACGGGACUGGGAUGAUGUCGGCCGAGGUGGAGAGCGGCGGUGGCCGCGGGCACGCCCGGCAGCGGGCCAAGAGCCAGGCUGACGCCUCGUCCGGCUUCCGCACCCGCGUCCUCGCCAAGCUCGACCCGCUGACCCAGCUCGACGCGCUUCGGGCGCGGUUCUCUUCGCUCUGCGCCCUCCUCACUGCGCUCCUCAAGUCGUCGGCGGCUGGCGCCGGCAAGGGCACCGUCGCCUCGCUCCUUGUUGUGCUCCCUAUCGACGCGUCGAUCGGCCUCAUCGCGCGCGUCCUCGCCGUCGACGUCGGCAAGCUCUCACGGUCGAGCUCGACCGGCUCGGUCGACGUCUCUGCGCUCGCCACUGCCAUGUUUUCCUCGUCGCUCAUGUCGGCGCAGGCGGCGCUCCUCCUUCCGCACAUGCAGCUGGCGGUCGUGGCCUUUCUGGGCACGCUCGUCGAGCUCCCGGGCAUGGGUGCGAUGUCUGCCCGCUACUCGGCGCUCACGGAUGCCAUGCGGACGGCGGUGAUGGCCAAGCGGGGUCCGGGCUCACACUCGGCAUCGCCUGGCUACCACGCUGCUGUGUACCACGUCUUUGCCGCCUUUUGCCUCCGCCUUCCCUUUGUGGCGCCGGCCUCGACGCACGGCGCCAUGUCGCUCCUGGACGCCGCCGUCACCGCCCUCACCGCCGACCUCGCGCUCAUCCCGGCCGCCAUCACCUCGGGCACGGCGUCGACGCUGAGUGGCGGUCGCCGCCGGAAGCGCGGCGGCGCUGCCGGCGCCACCUCGUCCACCAACCCGGCGCACGCCCUCUCGCACGUCACCAUCCACACCGUCGCCGCCGAGGCGCUCGCCGUCGCCGCCGCCGACGCGCUGGAGGCUCUUGCUCUCGGCUACCGCGGCGUCCUGCCGUCGGCCACCCACGACGCGCUCGAGGCUGCGUGCAUCGGCCCACUGUUGGAGCCUGCAGCUAAGAUUUCUAACGUCAUGCGCACUGGGUACGUCAAGGCGCUCACCGCCUGCCUCAUGCGCCCGCGGGUUGUCGCCUCUCCCUCGCUCGCCUUUGCCGUGCAGGCCUUUACUUUGGCGUCGGCGUCGACGACCUCGACCGAGGUCCUCCGCGCCGCCACUGCCGGCCGUGCCCUCGCCAUCUCGCUCAUGCACCCGCGCGUCCCGCUCCUCACCUCGCGCCCGAUCGUUGCCGCCGCCCACGGCGAAAUCCAGGCUCAGCUCGACCACGCAGUCCACACCGAGGCAGCCGCCGCCGCCGCCGCCGGAGCUGCUGCCGCCAACACCGCCCCGCUCGCCUCGCUCGCUGUUGGAUCGCGGAAGCGCAAGCUCGAGCCCGUGGAGCUCGCGCCCGAGGCCGAGAGCCACCAGCCCGAGCCGCCGGCCAAGCGCGCCAAGCCGGUGUGGGACGCGCCAGCUCCAGUGGCGAGCGCGACGCCAGCUGCACCGAGCGCCCCCAUCCCGGCGCUCAACCUCAAGCCGAUGGCGGUUGUGAGCUCUGGCAGAGACGAGGCGGCGCCGGCCGUCGACGCCGUGCCAAAGGCAGCGAUCACCACAGGCGUCGUCGUCCCGGACUCGCUCGUGAACAACGUGGCGGCGUCGAUGGCGCCGGCCAUGUCCGACUCUGACUCUGACUCUGACUUUGGACUUGUCGACGCGCCGCCGUCGGACGAUGAGGCGUAA